AGAUAAGAUCGAAGAUCCGAAUAGCGACAAUGCGCUCCGGACUUGUGCACUUACUACUGACCACUCGAUAUUGACCUCCACCUCCUUGAGACACCACUAUGGACGAUGAAGAAAAACAAAUGCAAUUUCUAUCUUCCAUGAUGGGCGAUAACUUCAGCACCGAAGUCGCGCGUCGCGUUCUCCGAAAACACAAUGGCAGCGCAGAUAAGGCAGCCGAAGCCCUUCUCGCAGGCGACGAGGGCGAGGACGAUGCUGUGGUCUCUAUCCAUACCGCAGGGACCACCCAGCCCACUGUCAUUGACCUCACGGGUGAUGAUAAUGAGGAAGUGAACCGUGCCAUUCGAAUGUCUUUGAAUGAGGAAGAGACGCCACCGCCAAAGUUUGGCCCGAGCAAUCGUGCGCCGGAUCCAGCUUGGCAAGUCGUACCAUCGAAUGUAUCUACAUCCAAUGACGCCCAGAUGGAACAGGCCAUUCAAAACAGCUUGGAGGACUUUGCAAUGGAAGACGAUGGCCAUCUGUCUGUUGCGCUGGCUGUACGAGAGGGCGGAAGGCCCGUGGCGAUUCGACCGGAAAUAUCGAAUCUUGCAUAUGCUGCUUUGAUUGUACAAGCACUGUACUCUGUACCCCAAAUACGACGCAGGGUAUCUGAAGUCAACCUUGACGCGCCUGUGAUGCAGGAGUAUCCUGUCGAAAGGGAAGCUCUAAGGUUACUCCAGGAUAUGUUUGUACAUCAGGAUCUCGCGCAACUCUCCAUUAUUCUAGAUCAAGAAGUCUUACAAGCCUUCCGAGCACAGCCAAUCCAUGAUACUCAGAGCAUCUGCGAUUUAUCGAUCGGUUUCUACAACGAAGUUAUGGCUGUUCUAACGCGCUAUUUGAGAGCGGAGGAUCCAGAAGGAGUCCCUUUGGGUGCCUUGCAGUCCGGGACGGUACAUAUUAUCGACAGUAAACGCCACAACGAAACUCCGCAUAACAGGAACGAAAUCCUAAUGCCUGUAUAUGUGGAAUAUGGGUGGAACGAUGUGCAUGAGGAUCUUGUGCAACGUCUGUCCGUGACUCUGACGCAAGAACUCAACUCAGUCCAGUUCAAGUAUGAAGUGAUCGUCGAACCGGCUCCGGACGUAGUGGCCUUCGUUCUUAAAAACCAAGGGAAAUGCUUAUCUCCUCCAGCGCUAACAUUUCCCAAGACAAUAUACAUGGAUCAGUUUUUGAACGAGAGCACCGAAUUUGCGCACCAGAAGCAGCAAGAGGUGCGGGAUAUGCAAGAUGCUGUCAGGAAGCUAUGGCACAGAAAGCAGGCUCUGACGAGAUUUAAUAACAAAGACACCCUGAAGGAUCUAAGAACGACAUUGUACUAUUACGAAGAGGUGGCGCAGGCGAAAGAUGACGAUCCUGAACGACGUGCUCAGAUUGACGCCAUGGCUAGCAAACUGCGAAAUUCGAUUGGUGCGAUUGAGAAGGAACUUGAAGUCAUCGAUGUGGAGAGCACGAGGCUGCUAGAGGAGUCACAACGCGUGCUUGACUGUCCAGAACUCAAGAACCACCCUUACGAUCUCCGCGCUGUUCUGAUGCACGACGGACUGCCGGGGAGGAAGCAUGUCUAUUUAUACACGCAGGACGCUGGGGGGAUUUGGUGGAAAACGGUGGACACAGUCGUGACUGAAGUACCGGAAGAGGAUGUGUUACGGGAUAGCACAGGGAUGUUGCUCGGCGCUGGACCGUACAUGCUGCUCUACAGCCGCAGUUUAUCCAAGGAGGAGCUCGAGGCGCCGGUGCAGUGGCCGAAGGAGAGCACGGAGAUGACAGAGAGGAAUAACAAGACUUUUCUGGACUCUUUGCCACCUGAGAUUGCAGCCAAGGCCCGACCGAGGACGGAGAGUAAGGUUAGCCAUGGGGAUACUAUGAUGGAUACGACUGCGUAGAUGAGGCAUUUAUGUUACGGAAAUUGGACAGCCUGGAAUCGACGCCCGUGGGUGACCAGUCGUGGAUUACACGCCACAGCUCGUUGACCAGGAACUUUUUGCAAGCAAAAACUGAAUCCGUUGCGAAGGGUUUACCCUGGAUACUGGAAACAAUGUGACAAUAUUGCUGUGUGAUGAUCAGCUGAAAAGGCUCAAUCGAACCGUCUUGGCAAGAUGAAUUGUGAAUUGCCAAAUGGGGGAGGAGAUGAAAGAAGAAGACCGCGCCAAUUUUUUUCCAUUAUCUC